AUGAGAGCAGCCUUGCUGAGCCCCCGCAUUCCUCCCUGGAGAUGUGGCACGAAUUCCGAGACCCUUUAUCGGGAGCUGCCAUAUUCUGGUAGCAGAUGCCCAGAUCUUAACGUCACCCAAGGUGGGGGAGGCUUCUGCCCACAGUGCUGCUCCCAGCCAUGCUCACCCUUCUUCUCCCACCCCCCCGGGUGCCCUGGGGGGCCGUGUCACCCUGUGUUCCCCGCCACGCGCUGCGGGGGGCUCAGCACCACCUUCUCCCCCAGGUGUGAGGUGCGGCCAGGACCCGAGUUCCUCACCCGCUCUUACCUCUUCUACGCCAACCGCCUCUUCAAGGCUUACCAGUUCUACUACUGGGACCCCUCCUGCCGCGACCCCUCCUACUCGCUGGUCAUCAAGGGCAGGCUUCGCCUGCGCCAGGCCUCCUGGAUCACGCGCGGGGCCACCGAGGCCGACUACCACCUGCACAAGGUCGGCAUCGUUUUCCACAGCCAGAAAGCCAUGCAGGAGGUGGCCUCCUGGAUCAACCAGACAUCCGGCGAGGGCUGCAGGGGGUUCCUGCCCCCGGGACGCACCUGGGUUCCCGGAGCCCUCUACGAACUGCUGAGCGCCAAGACCGAGCGCGACUGCACGGCUGCCUUGGGCUUCGCCAUGCACGAGCUGAGCCUGGUGCGGGUGGAGAGGCACUACCAGCCCCUGCUGCAGCCGCAGCAGAGCGGGAGCCAGCUGGUGGAGGAGCUGUACCUGGGGGACAUUCACACCCAGUGGGUGGAGAGGCUCCACUACCGACCCACCGGUUACCAGCGGCCUAUGCAGAGCGCUGUGCACCACAUGCAUCCUUGCCCAGCCUGUGGGAUUAUUUACAGAGCUGAUGAACACCACCCACCCAUCCUGCCCCUCAGAGCCCAGCUGCCAAUGCAGCUCAGUGGCAGCUGGGGGAGCACCCACUGCGAGGGCCGACCCGCCGUGCUUUUCCUUACCAGGUACUUCAUAUUCCAUGGUAGCAACCACACCUGGGAAGGUUAUUACUAUCACUACUCUGACCCACUCUGCAAACAGCCGACUUUCACCAUUUAUGCAUCUGGGCAUUACACCCAAGGAAUCCCCUCUUCCAAAGUGAGGGGUGGGACAGAGUUGGCCUUCAAAGUCACGCAGGCUCGGGUGACACCAAUGGACCAGGUGACUGUGAUGAUGCUGAACUCCUCAGAACCUGGAAGCUGUGGACUGACAAGCUCCUGGAGUGCUGGGGUGGAGCAGGACAUAACACCCACAAAUGGAUGUUUGGCUUUGGGCAUCAGGCUGCCCCACACGGAGUAUGAACUUUUCAAAACGGAGCAAGACACGACAGACCACAGCCUGCUCUACGUUGGCGAGAGGCCCACGGAUGGAUCCAGUCCUGACAGCCCAGACAAGCGACCCACCUCCUAUCAGGCACCUCUGAUUCAGUGUGCUGGGCCACCAGAGGAAUUCUCUAACUAUGUUAGUCUGAAAUACCUGGGGAGAAAGGAUGCUAAUGGGAAUGAAGCACUAAAACCUUUGUCUGUGGCCUUUUUACUGUUUAUAUCACUUCUGUUUUUAAGAUGGGACUAG